AAUUGCCCGGCCCUCUGCUCUGCUCUCCAGAGGGAGCCGGGCUGAGAGCUGCCGAGGGCUGUGGGCUGCAGGAACAAACGCGCUCUGGAAUUCGGCUUCUGCCCUGGCAAGCAGCUCCCUUCUGCUUCUGCUUCCCGCCCCAUGGGGCCAGCCAGCGAGCCCAAAAACUUGUUGUAAAGAAAGAAGGGAGAGAGGGAAAUGCAAGCACCGACACUUCGCAGCGUCCAGGAAAUCGUUUCCUAAAGCACCCGCUCCCAGGAAAUUUGGAUGGACAAGGAUUUGCCGUCACAAUCCACAGCCAAGAGUAAGGCACAAAGUCCUACAAUGGCUUCAUUGAAUCGAAGAGGGACAUGGAACUAAGCGAGCUUUGGGGUGACCUCAUCUACCACAAAUGAUGUAUUUUCUGACUUUUGCAGACUGGCUAUGUGAUUACAAAUAAAUAGCACUUGGCAGAAAGAGUGACCUCCUAGUGAUUUCUGCUGGAGGUGUACUCCCCUACCACAGAGCUCACCUUCCUUCCCUGAAGCUUCCCAGAGUAACAAACUUGCUAGAGCACACCGUUCAAAUACAUCUGAUCUGCAAGUUCUCUUGGAAUUUCAAAAAAGAAGCAAUAACCACACCAGAGAAACCUCCAAAUCAGAGGAAUUUUUAACAUACCAUUAUAAUGGUAAGCUCUAAUUGUUCCACUGAGGACUCCUUUAAAUAUACUUUGUAUGGGUGUAUCUUUAGCAUGGUGUUUGUUCUCGGCCUCAUAGCAAACUGUGUAGCAAUCUACAUUUUCACUUGUACUUUAAAAGUGCGAAAUGAGACGACAACUUACAUGCUUAAUUUAGCCAUAUCAGAUCUGCUUUUCGUGUUUACAUUACCCUUCAGGAUUUAUUACUUUGUAACCAGAAACUGGCCAUUUGGAGACAUUCUUUGCAAGAUUUCUGUCUCCCUCUUUUAUACAAAUAUGUAUGGGAGCAUUUUGUUUCUGACUUGCAUCAGCGUAGAUCGCUUUUUAGCCAUAGUGCACCCCUUCCGAUCCAAGACUCUUCGGACCAAAAGGAAUGCAAAAAUUGUCUGUGUUGCAGUAUGGAUAACUGUGCUAGCAGGCAGCACACCCGCAAGCUUUUUCCGGUCCACAAAUCUCCGGAACAAUACAGAGCAAAGGACAUGCUUUGAAAACUUUUCAGAGGACACGUGGAAAAACUACCUAUCCCGGAUUGUUAUCUUCAUUGAAACUGUUGGGUUUUUCAUUCCUCUCAUCCUGAACGUGACCUGCUCCACUAUGGUCCUACGGACUUUGAAUAAACCGCUUACAUUGAGCCGGAAUAAAGUAAGCAAGAAAAAGGUACUCAAAAUGAUUUUUGUCCAUUUGGUGAUAUUCUGCUUCUGCUUUGUGCCUUAUAAUGUUACCUUAAUACUUUACUCCCUUAUGAGAACGCAGACCUGGGUCAAUUGCUCAGUGGUGACCGCGGUCAGGACUAUGUACCCCGUCACUCUGUGCAUUGCUGUUUCAAACUGCUGUUUUGACCCCAUAGUCUAUUACUUUACAUCAGAUACCAUUCAAAAUUCCAUAAAAAAGAAUCGGUCCACCAGACCACGGGAUGUCAGAUUCUCUGAAAGGCCAGUUUCAGAAAACUUCAUUCAACACAGCCUUCAGACUAUAAAAAUGAAAAUAUUUGACAGUGACUCUACAAUAUAAACUACAAUAAAAGACUAUUUGGACUAAACUGGAAUUGGAAGCCCACAUAUUUCUUCAGCUGUGGACAUAUGUUCUGAUUUGCUUAGGUUGUGCUUCCUUCACAUCUGAGAAGUUUAUUACAAGGCUGUAAAAGUGUAAAGCAUAAUAGUAUACAGAAAAAAUAUUUUCAAAAUCUAUGUCAAAGGUCUGUUCUGACAGAUUGUAUGUUAGAAAUGAACUUUUGGGUUUAGAUUAGGUUAACCAAAGUCCAAAGACUGUUAGUCAAGUCAAACACAAAUGAAAAAACAGGUUGUUUUCUCUUCCUGAAGUUAAAACAGUUGCUCAAUUUAAUAAUUGUGUCAGUUUCCAAGUUACUGAGGAUGGGGGUGAAGCUACCUGCUUUGCACUGCAGGAAAACUGUUCCAUAUUGUGUUAUCACUUCAGCUACUGUGCCUGCUCCAGUUUGUCAUCUUUUCUCUCUCACUCCUUCCCUAUGUCUUUUUUCCUGCACCUUCCUUCUUAGGAACCAUUAUGCUCAUACAAAGCUUCAAUCAAUGGGUUAACAAGAACUUUGUUUCUCCCAGGUUUACCUGAUAAAAAUAUAUGCUUUCUCCACAAGCCUGGCCCCCAUAAAGCAAUUAAGUCUUCUGCUAGCUUAGAGCAUUUGGAAACAUCUCAGACAACUGGUUUUUCUUGUCACUUCUCUCUCAGAAGCCUGUGUAAUUAAAACAAACUUGUGAUGACUGAAGUUAGUGCUUUAGGUACAGUAUCACUUUAUUAAACCUUUUAUGAGAAGUUCUUCAAUUCAACAUGACUUUUGAGGGAAAUAACAUCCUCUGAAUAAAUUAAUUCAAUCCCAAGUCCAGUUUCUUAGAAAAACAGGACUCUUUCUAACUAGAAAUGAACAUGUGCAUCAAGUCAAUUAUUUCUUUCAGGAAACUAUUCGGUGUACCAUAAAGAAAUUCAAGAUGCAGUAAUUUUGGCACGCAAUUUCCUCUCAAUUUUUGUGUCCUAGAAGUAAUUUUAACAUGAUCAUUUAGACCCUCAAAUGCUAUUUUCUUUCAAAAUUUAAAAAGUAUAAAAAUAAAGUACUUGGGACUAUGUGGUGGCAAAAUUAAUCAAGACACUCUGAAAAGUCAGCACCACGUAAAAGGAGGAAUCUACAUAUAUUACUGUUACAAUGGGAAUACAUAGACAAAACUGCUUUGAAACAUCUGCUAUAUAUGUUUCCCAACUACUAGAACACUGUGUACAUUUUCCUCAGAAUUAAUUUAACAUCACUGUAAAAUAAAAUAAAAUAUGAAAGAUAAAGUGUUGUUUUUUCCUUUCUAAAAAUAAUGAAGUCAAGAAUAAUAACAGUCUAAACAAAUUUGCAACUGAAGAUUUAGGGAACUCAGUUGCAACACAGAUCUAGCACUGAAAAAUUUUAAUGCCAGGGCUUUAUACAGAGGAGUGAAUCAAUGCUGGAGAAAAUGCAUAUUGAGCCACCAAACUAUGUGUGUGGUUACUUGGAUGAGUUUAUUUCCCUUUAUAAAGCUUCUGUUUAAUUAUAAAUCAACUAUACAUUGCCUCCUAGUAUUGGAAAACUGAGUUACUCAAUUACUGCUAGGUAACACUGUUUGAAUUUAAAUUUAACAGUAUUUUCAAUCUUUACCCACAUAACUUAUGAAAGGAAAAUUCAAAUACUAUGGGCUUAAGCGUCAAAGAAAGCAUAGAUAUAAAUGUCUGCAUAACAUCUGAAAACAAGCAAUUAUCUUCUUUGGGAAUCCUAAACUCUUCUGAUUCAUAUCCAACUUCAAAAACAUGCACCAAAGUCUCAGCAUGAGUAAAAAUUCUGUAUGUUUACCACAGUCCAAAAAUAGAUAUGCAUCUCUAAGGUCUCAAUGCCUCUCUCUCUCUAAAGAGUCUGUUUAAUAUUAGACUCCCUCCAAGAAAUGUGACACAAAAGCCUCAAAUGUCACUGCUGGGCUAUGUUUCCCCUGAGCUUGUCAAAGCCGUUACUCAGUCGAGAGGCAACUUGUUCAGUAACACCCCUCUGCUUUACAGUAGCAAGCAUCCCAGAGCCCCACCCUGGUAAAGAGAAGCUACUCUCUCUGAGAUUACAAAACUGGAGGGGAAAAAUAAAACCCCAUCACUGACUUAAAAGCAGAACAAGCAGACAAAGUUGCAUAUAUGAGUACUCCCCUUUAAACCAAACGUCCUUUGGUGUAUUACCUCAAGCAGCCUGCAGAAGCAGACAGUAGCUAUCACUGCUUUGCACUCCUUCUCCAAGGCAGCAGCUUCUGGUUUUUGAAAGAGCAAAGGCAACAUAGUACAAUAGCUUUCUGAUCAGUUCGUAGCUCAAUGUACAGAAGCUAUUUGAGGAAACUAUGUAUUUUUUUAUUAUUGAACAUUUUCACUCUUCCACAGGUAAAAAAAACUCAAACCACCAACAUAGACCCUAACAAAAAAAACCAAAAACAACAUGRUCAAAAAAGCAUAAACUGUAAUGCUGAGAAUAAGACCAUUAGCUGAAAAAUUCCUGGUCUGACUCCCAGACAAGGGAGAGGGCAGAGGGGGAGAAAAACCACCUCGCCCAACAAGCUGAUAUUAAGACAGGGUACCAGCUAUUCAGGACUGGAUGAGGUUUUCUUCACCUUGUCUGGUUCUGCAACAAGAUUAUCCUUGAGACCUGUGGAUGGAGCAAUGCUUUCACGGGUACAUUCCUGAACAGAUGCACUCCCUCUCUCUGCUCUCGACUUUGAUACCAACUCUUCUCUCUCUCUGCUGGGUCUUAUGCCAAAAUUUAAAUGUAGAAUCUAGAUGAGAAGUUACAUUCCUAAGUCAAGCCAAGCCAUCUCAAAUAAAACAAGUUUUACAUUGCCAGAGCUCCCAAGGAUCUGAAUGUGUUGCAACCAAUAUUUCCUAAAAGUGCAUUAUUUUUUACUCAUUAUUUUUACUCACACAGGGAGAGUUAGAAGUUCAGUUUUAGGAUGCAAACUUAGAAAAUUGUUCUUUGUAGUGCAGUUUCUUCACCUAAAAAGUCCAGAAAAUGUACACUUCCUAUAAAAAUAAAAGCAUGGCAAAUUUA